AUGACCCACUUGCGAACCAUCCCGAAUCCCAUCAAUUUCUUCGAAUCGAGAGCAGAACCAGAAGUACACAGCGAUAGUGACCAGAAAGAUUGGGACCAAGUAUUGAUUCGCCUGGACAUGCCGAAUCCAGGUCUUAGGGAACGUGGGGACGAACCCGCACAGAAUUUUGCAUUCCAUGCUGAGAUGUUGGAGGGUGACAACGCGAAAUGGGAAAGUGGACAGGAGAUCGGGAAACCGUCGAUGUUUGGAGGGGUCUAUAGAGUUGAGGCUUUCAUCAGCGUUGGCCAGGCUCUUCGACAUACUCUCUCGCCUGUCCACCUUUAUAGAGGGCAAGUUAAGGAGUGUCGUGACUGCGACUCCUGCCCCAAAGGUUUCCGGCUCAAGAAUUUGCUUGUGGGAGAGAGACGGCGCGCCUUCUGCAUUGGUGACAAGCUUUCAUCCCAUAUGCUCAGGAGGAGAAGAGGGUCUAUCUUUGAGAGCCAGGAAUUAGGCAAUCAAAGUAACCUUGGGAGGCUAGAAUUACGGAAGCGUGUGGUUGCCGGGAUGCAUACAUUGCAGUUGCCUACGUUCGAGGGUUGCCCUCCCCUGUCACCCAUAGAGACGGUGUCAAUGCAACCCCUAGACCUUCACCUAAUCUGUUACCACCUCGCCGCCGGGGCCCUCUCGAAUGUGGUCAGUGAGAUGGACCUCAUGUGUGCUAUUGCGCAACUGGUCGGCGCAGUGGUCCAACGCAUGCGAGAACGCAGCACGCCAAAAGCAGGGUUAGCGGGAGUGUCUUUAAUGUGGUUAGGGGAAGCGGGGUAA